CUAGAAAGCGGGCGGGAUCUGGAUAGGGAGCAUCAGGGAGUCGUCUCGCCCUAUGGAUCGCCCUUUACUGCUAGCUUCGGAGGACGAAGUCCUCCUGUCCUACAAGGGACACCACUACGUCAGUGAAGGGGUCUAGGAGUUACGGUCCCUGGGUUCUGGUUCCCCCACUUGUACGGACGUCGCGUGAUCUAGGCUCCCUUUUACCUGUGCCUCGGUUUCCCCAUCUUUACGAUACUGGAGGGUUGGAACUGCCGAGGGCUAGUCUCCAAAUCUGUAAUGGGGUGCAGAGGAGGGGGAGAUGGGGGACCUACACGUGACCUCCCCGCGCGGGGCCCCGCCUAUCCCAGAUCCAAGAGUUGCAAGCGCUCCGCGAGGACGGGCGGGGGUGGGCGGAUCCUAAGAAACCCGACCCCGCAGCCCUUGGCUGUGGCUAAGGCGCCGCGCGCGGCUCGGCGGCCGCUAGCGCUGGCGACGGCACGGGAGAAGGAUGGGGACCGCAACCCGGGCUUCGCAGAGGACCAUCGUGGAGGCGAGGGCGGUGCAGAGACUCGGCGUGUGACUUGGAGUGCAUCAGGAAAUGAUGGACGAGGGGAUGAGAGAUAGCUAACGGGGCUCUGUCUCUGCGUCCGGUCCGCGGAGGCGCACGUCGUGGGGCUGGAGAGGUUCUGUCUACAGCGGCAGCGCCGAGCUUGUCUCGGGCCAUGAGAAGCGCGCGGACCGCCCGGCCCCAGGCUGCCCUCGUGGCCGGCCGCGUCCUGCCGCGCUGAGAGCUUGGGGGCGAAGAAGGGUGUGGGCGGCCGGGCUGCGCCCGAGCGCACCGCCAUGGCAAGGGAGGAGUGCAAGGCGCUGCUGGACGCUCUCAACAAGACGACCGCAUGCUACCACCACCUGGUGCUGACCGUCGGCGGCUCGGCAGACUCGCAGAACCUGCGUGAGGAGUUGCAGAAGACGCGCCAGAAGGCGCAGGAGCUGGCGGUGGCCAUCCGCGCCCAGCUGACGGCCGCGCUACGCGACCGGGGCCUGGGCGCCGAGGAGCGCGCGGAGUUCGAGCGCCUCUGGGUGGCUUUCUCUGGCUGCCUGGACCUGCUGGAAGCCGACAUGCGGCGUGCGCUGGCCCUGGGCACCGCGUUCCCGCUGCACGCGCCGCGGCGGCCGCUGGUGCGCACCGGCGUAGCGGGCGGCUCCGCGGGCGUAGCGGCGCGCGCCCUGAGCGCCCGCAGCCUGCGGCACGAGGCGGAGCGCGACUUCGACGUGGACGACCUGCGCGAGCUGGAGCGGGAGAUCCUUCAAGUGAGCGAGAUGGUCAACGACAUGGAGAUGAAGGUCAACGUGCCCCGCUGGACCGUGCAGGCCCGCCAAACGGCGGGCGCCGAGCUCCUGUCCAGCGUCGGCGCCUCUUCGGUGGGCGUCGUGUCUGUACAGGAGCGCACCGGGCCUUGCGACGUGAGCAAGGCCCUGGCCGCCACCAUUUUCAGCGCCGUGCUGCUGGCGGCCGUGGCCCUGGCCAUCUGCGUGGCGAAGCUGAGCUGACCGACAGAAGACUCUACCCGCCGCCGCCGCCGCUCCCUCCCCGAAGACAUCCUUCAGGAACGACUGACACUGCCUGCACUCUGGAUGGGAGUGGGAUCUGGCAUGUUUAAGGGAAGGGGUUCUAAAGCCGUGUGUGUGUGUGUGUGUGUGUGUGUGUGUGUGUGUGUGUGUGUGUGUGAACACAUCUGCCUGGGCAGAACGUGGUUGCCUGGUGCUGGCCUGUGAGGAGUUAAUUUUGCGCGGGCGGCCAGGGCAUUACCGCUAAUGUAUGCAGCAGCUUUAUCCCCUAUUAAUAGAAAACCGUCCACAGUGACCCUAGAUUCCAAGUUAAUGGGUUACCGUUUGUGCAGCUGGGGCGCGUUUACAACGGAGUCUGAGUCGGAUUACCCCACCUCUACCAGCGAUUCCCACUGUCCGCGCAGAGGGGGGCAGUUUGAAAGGGGGGUGAGGUGAAAUGAGUGGGGGUGGGGUUGUUUUGCUCUGUGUGGGUGGUGACUUUGUUUCCUGGACAAAACUGUAAGAAGAUGUAAGCAGGUUUUAUUACCUUAAUCCUUUGGGGCCUAAGCUUAGGAGAGUGUGCAGAGACAUUCAUGCAAAGUGCUAUCUCUAUGGUGCACGAUUGAGCUUCUUGGCAGAGUUUAUCCAUUAGUUACCAAAAGCAGCGGGAAGAGGUUUGGGAUGCUGACCUCCCCCCAAGUUAUGACCCUACUUAGGAAACCAGAGAAGGCAUGUGGAGCCUGCCCUCACAUGCUUGGAUCCAUUGCACACACUUGCCUAUUAAAAAGGGCUCUCCCCAGCCAGCCUGGAAGGGGCACGAGCUUUGGGAAGGGACACAUGCUGUUUAAAGAGGCACUUUUUCCUUUGCUGGGGUUUAUUUUUUGUUCCAAAACUAGACCAGUGUUUGAUCCUCCUUUGGGGGAGGGCUGCAGAAUCCUCUUUGGAGCCCUUAAUCCUAUCUAUCCCUUGGAAUUUGCCUGCUAGCCAGUAGGAGAGCUGGCUCUGGAGGAAGCUGCAUAGCUCCCUGACCCUCACACUGACCCUGAGAGGGGAAACCUCACUGUCUCAUGUCAGUUUGAGCCAGUUAGCCCUGAGACUGGGUUAGAAUGCAAAAGCUUCGGCUCAGAAUUUCAGCAGCUUUUUAAAAACAAUAACCAUUUGAAAGAAAAACCAUAUGACAUUUGUUCUGUCUUAUCAAAGCUGGGUUUUUUGGUAAAGGACAUUUGGCCACAAAUCCAUACGUGCCAAUGAGUCAAACAUCGUGGUCUUUACUUACAUGCUUAAGUUAGUAAAUCUACGUCUAUUAUUAAAAUAGACCUUCUCGAAGGCAGUUUAUAGCAUAAACUACCGGAACCACGGUGUGGGUAACAGAAGCUGAGUGGCCCCUGCUUCUUUCGCUCAAUAAAGAACGUGGAAAACCCUGGGACCCAGGCUGGAAUUUAGCUGAGCAGUGCCACCACCUCUGCCUGUGGUGCAGAGAGAACAUCGUUGGGGAAAUAAGGCUGAGAAAACGCACGCAUUUAACUCUCCAAGGGUAAUUUGGAAUAAAACCCAAGACUUUGGUUUGGCUGAAAACUGACAAGGAUUUUUUUUUUUUUUUCUUUUGUACCCUAAAGGUGGGAAAGGGGACCAGAGAAGGGAAUUGACAGUUUCACAAGGACAGCUUGGAGGCCCAAGGAGUAGGGGCAGAUACAAGUAUUACAGCCUUGGCGGUCCUAAGGGCCACCCUCCCAGCCCAACUUCCUCCCACCCUUCCUGAGCACACAGAUUCCAGUACCUCACAGUGAAAGUAUGGGAUCUGUUUGUGUGCGUGUCUGUGAUAAUGGUUUUAAAACACCCACAAGGUCUUAAGCCGAUUAAAAGUUUUAUGACCUUAACUAAUAAAAGGAACACCUUCUGCCUCAUCUGAAUAGGGGCCAGCUCAAAUUCUUUUGCAUCUGAAGGUUCAGGGUACCUUCAGAGACAACACAAAAAGUUUCCUAAGUACCCUCCCGCUCCUCCCAUACACAACGGCAACAUGGAAUCUCUAUUACCUUCCCCAAACUCUCAGUUCUCCCAGACAAGAGGAGGCUGGGGCAUUCUGUGACCCAAUGUUGGAAAUUAUCCUUUAAAACCACGCCCUGAGUAUAUUCUUCUGUUUCUAAUACAGUAACUCUUCUGUUCUUACCAAACUGUUUUGCUUCAUGACAACAACAAAAAAAUUGUUCAGCAGAACCUAUUGGAGAACAAAAUCCAUCAGACAUUGUGUAAUCCAUAGAAAGCAACUAGGACACGUUUCUUUGUUCUUGCCAUGGUCUGUGGGCCUUUCACUUGGCAGAUCCUUGGGUAUUUAUAUGUGCAAUCAGAUGUGUACCUAAUUCUGAGAGUCCUCUGCUCACUGAAAUCAGUGAUUAAAUGUUGCAUCUGCACACACAAAAAAAGCUGAAUGGACCUGUUAGCCUAAACAAUUCUGAGUUUGGAAGUUUUAAGCAUUAGGAAUAUUUGGUAUUAUUUGGAGUUAAAACAUUGCCUACUAGAACUUUUGCUAUGUGAGGCAAGCAAAAUCACUUUCUGUUUGAGCUAUAGGCUGCUCUCACUAUAGCUCUCUGCUCUCUUUUCUAUGUAUAUAAUUCAAGACAUCGCUUUCUGAUAGAAGCCUGAUUCAAUUUAGAUGUAUGAUAUCAAAGUCAUUAAUUUUCUAAAAACAUUUGGUAUUUCAUACCAUGAUACAAGCGUAGGGGAAAAAAAAACCCAAAUUCAAAAUGUUUAAUAUAGGGUAUGCAUGAUGAGGUCAGUGCUAGAAACUAUGGCAAAAAACAGCUAGUUUCCCAAAUUACAGGUACAACUUAAAGGAUAGAUCUUUAUUUCCAGAGUUAAAUGUUUAUGAUAAAUACCUGUAAAGAGAAAAUAUCACUGACUUCUCUUUUGGGAAAACAGUACAGUUUUAUCUGACUGAGAAGACAAUUGGAAUGUCAUGGCACUUACGGAAACUUUGAACUAUUGUUAGUAGUUUAAAAAAACAGGAAUGUUUGUAGGAAAGAAAAAACGCCUGGAAAAUUCUUUCUUAUGUAUUCUAAGAACUUAGGCUUUUAAAUGCUGCAAGGGAAAUAUUUUUGGCAAGUAAAAUUCAGAGUAUAACCUGCACGAUUUACAGUAGGUUUACCUACAAGGUUUACAGUAAGCUACGUAAGACAUGUAUGAUGUCAAAUGACAAGUAGUUUUGGUUAGAGAGUUUGGGUUUGCGUGAAGAUCCUGGUAAUGCUGCAUUUUCCUUUGCAACCUGCAUAUGGAUACAUUUUUAGCUGUGCCGUUAGCUUUUCAGAUGCACCUGUCCUUUCUGUAAUGAAUGCUUGUUCAAGGUGCGAGCCCCAAAGUGUGAGCCCCUAUGUCAGCCUAAGUAAAGAAACUGAAGGACUGGCCUUUGUCUUCCUUUGGGGACUGCCUCCUCCCUCAAGGCCAGACCAGCUGUGAUGGGCAGGGGCUCUGCCUCUCUCUCCAAGUACCUCAGAUAAGUCGCUGACCUCCCUGUGCCUCAGUUCCCUCAAUGGAGAAAUUGGGGGAGUCCUGACCGAUUGUUGCAAAGGUCUCUCCCAGAGUUUAAAACAUUUAACAGAAUGAAGUUCAACAAGAAAGCGUUACUUUGUUUGGGGAUUCGGGUUGUUGUUGGUUUCCCUACACAUUAAAACAAAAUAUCACAGUGUGGUGGUUAUUUUCUAAAAUUAGUCUAUUGGUAAAAUUCCCUAGACAUUUUAAAAAUCAGAAUGAACUGAGCUUACAGUUGUUUUCCUGCCUAUCAGGAUUAGUGGCUGGACUUGAAAGUAAAUUCGUGUAAAUGCUACUUAUGUAUACUAUUUAAAUUAGAUUCGGAAUUUAAAUUCCGACUAUAAGCCUGAGUCCAAGAAAGCCUAGUUAUUUAUAUAUUAAACACUUUGUUUUACCCAGCAGUCAGGCCACCUAACCUGAUUCUGCGACGUGACAGAUGUGAAACCCUGUCACUUAUCAGGGAGGCUGGGAAAAUCCUGUUCUGUAAGUAACCUGGUGCCCUCAGCACUGUAACUGCAUUGGCCACCUGAUGUGAAAUGUGAGCACAGCAGGGGUUGCUUUGUACGAGGCAUCAGAUCCACGUGGAAUUAAAGGCUUCAUGUCAA